UGGAGGGCACCAUGGCAGGGCAGCACCAUCUCUAUGAUGCCAUUGUGAUCGGGGCUGGCAUUCAGGGCUGCUUCACUGCAUACCACCUGGCCAAACACAAGAAGAAGGUCCUCUUGCUGGAGCAGUUUUUCCUACCGCACUCCCGAGGCAGCUCUCACGGGCAGACCCGGAUCAUCCGAAGGGCGUACCCUGAAGACUUUUACACCAACAUGAUGGAUGAGUGCUACCGGAUAUGGGCCCAGCUGGAGCACGAGACCGGGACCCAGCUACACAGGCAGACAGGAUUCCUGCUGCUGGGAAUGGAGGAGAAUCCUGAGUUGAAGACCAUCCAGGCUACUCUGGCUAGGCAUGGGGUGGGGCACCAGCGGCUCCAGCAUGAGGAGCUGAAGCAGCGUUUCCCCAACAUGCAGCCAGCAAAGGGAGAGAUGGGCCUCUUGGAUGAGUCUGGAGGGAUCCUCUAUGCGGACAAGGCGCUCAGAGUCCUCCAGAAUGCGAUUCAACAGCUAGGAGGGAUAGUGCGUGAUGGAGAGAAGGUGCUAGAGAUCAAACCAGGGCAAACAGUCACAGUGACAACACCUUCCGGGAGCUACCAAGGCAAAAGCUUGAUCAUCACUGCAGGCCCUUGGACCAACAGGCUCCUCCAGCCCCUGGGAGCAGAGCUGCCUCUCCAGACACUGCGGAUCAAUGUAUGUUACUGGCGAGAGAAAGUUCCUGGGAGCUACGGUGCAGCCUUUCCGUGCUUCCUGAGCCUGGAACGCAGCCUGGGUUCCCACCACGUGUAUGGGCUGCCCUCGAGAGAGUACCCAGGGAUGAUGAAGGUCUGCUAUCACCACGGCAACAAGGCGGAUCCGGAGGAGCGGGACUGCCCCGAGGGCCCCUCUGACAUCCAGGAUGUCCAGAUCCUGCGCCACUUUGUCAGCAAACACUUACCAGACCUUGAGUCGGAACCUGCCAUUGUGGAACGCUGCAUGUACACGAACACUCCUGAUGAGCAUUUUGUUCUUGACCGACACCCAAAGUACGACAACAUUAUCAUCGGUGCUGGAUUCUCUGGGCAUGGAUUCAAGCUGUCCCCUGUGGUGGGGAAGAUCCUGUAUGAAUUAAGCAUGAAAUUAACGCCUUCCUAUGACUUGACACCUUUUCGAAUCAGCCGCUUCCCUAGCCUGGGAAGAGCCUGCCUUUGAUCCUGGGCAGCAACCUCCUUCUGUGCCCAGAGGAAGUGGAGAGGAGAGAGAAUCUCAGAUGAAGCAGAGUGACAACACGCUCUCCUUCUGCUUCUCCUGAGCCCCCUGCAAAUCGGAAUGAUUGAAUCUCUCUUCUCUCCCUUGUCAGCUCCUCAGUCCCACUACUUUGCUUUCAGAAGACCAAUCAGAUAUUCCAUAAUCAUAGAGUAAUGAAGCCCUUAGAGGUGGAGAUGAAGCUUCUCUCUCUCUCUCUCUCUCUCUCUCUCUCUCUCUCUCUCUCUGUGUGUGUGUGUGUGUGUGUGUGUGUGUGUGUGUGGUGGGGAUCACAUCAGCAGUUCCAGCUUAGUGCUUGGGAUUUGCAAGAGCAUCAGACUGAGAGCCCCUCUGUGCAAAACAUGCAGUCUAGUCCUUUGAACUAUCUCCCUGGCCCUGAGGUGAAUAAGAAGAGGCAUAAGGAAUGGCCAGGAGAGCAGAGCAGUUGUCUGAGUGCUAUCUGGGGCCGGGCUGUUGCUCAGGGUAGAGCACCUGCCUUAUAUGCUUGAAUCCAGGAGCUCCCUAGUUCUGUCGGGUGCCAUCCCUGGCUUGGCCCAUCUGACUCCCAGUUCUAAAACCAAGUCUGCACCCUCUUGGUGAAUGGCAACAACAAAACGAAGUGGAAAACAAAGACUUCUUUUAGGGGGGACAUUUGAUAAGCUGGAACAGUUUUGACCGUACAAGGGAGAGUGAGGAAUAUUCUAAUCUAAGAGUCUCCUGGUCUUAUAACGAGACCCACAUCUUGCAUAAAAAAUGUUUGUUGAGGAAUAACAAGCAAUGAACGAAUGAACAAACGAACGAAUGAAUGAAUGAAUGAAUGAAUGAAGCUCAGUGAUAGCUCAGUGGUAAAACAUCUGGCCUGCAGGUCAUGAACCAGAUUCACCACCACCACCACACAAUAACAAG